CACAAAUUUUGGAUUUUUUAAAAUCUGUUUCCAUUGAAAACUCAAACCCUCUUCCAAAAAAAAAAAGAAAAAGAAAAGAGAAUCCAUUUUAGGAAAAAAAUUCAUACAUUGAACUCCAAUUCUUCACUUGUCAGUUUUCAUUUCCUCUGAGAAGAAUGGAAGCUGAUGUUUCUAUUCCCAAAUUAAAACCCUAGUUUUAAUUUUGUCAAAUCUCUCUCUCUCUCUCUAUCUCUUCCUCUCCAUAGAAUUGAAGAGUACUAGGGCUGAGAUUUUUGUGGGGUUCUUGAGAAGAUGAUGAAGAUGAAUUUCUGUGUGUUCUUUUGUGGGAUUUUUGUAUCUUUAAUGGCUAUCACAACUUCAGGGAACGUGGUUUUGAUUGGGAAAAACGUUACUUUAUCAUUUGCUGACAUUGAAGCUACUUUUGCUCCAUCAGUGAAAGCAUCUGGGGAGGGUGGUACACUGUACAUAGCGCAGCCAUUGGAUGCAUGCUUACCAUUGACUAAUAAGGUCGACGAUACUGAUAGGAAUGGUACCAUUUCCCCUUUUGUGUUGAUUAUUAGGGGAGGAUGUAGCUUCGAGGACAAAGUAAGAAGCGCUCAAAGUGCAGGUUUUAAAGCUGCCAUUAUCUAUAACAGUGAAGACGAUGAAUUAGUUGCAAUGGCAGGAAGUUCAGCUGGUAUAAAAAUAAAUGCUGUCUUUGUUGCAAAACGUUCGGGGGAAAUUCUUUCAAAGUGUGCUGUUGUUGCUGGGACUGAAGUGUGGAUAAUACCAAGCUUUGAGAACUCAGCAUGGUCAAUUAUGGCUAUCUCUUUCAUUUCAUUACUUGCCAUGUCUGCAGUUCUGGCAACAUGUUUCUUUGUUCGGAGGCAUCGCAUCCGAAGGGAGCACUCUCGAACUUCUCAGGUCAGAGAGUUCCAUGGAAUGAGUAGCCGUCUUGUAAGAGCCAUGCCCAGCUUAAUAUUUACAGCUGUUCUCGAUGAUAACUGUACUUCAACAACAUGUGCUAUAUGUCUAGAAGAUUAUAUUGUUGGAGAGAAGCUGAGAAUUCUUCCAUGCCACCACAAAUUCCAUGCUAUUUGUGUUGACGCUUGGCUUACAUCAUGGAGAACCUUCUGCCCUGUUUGCAAGCGUGAUGCAAGAACUAGCACUGGUGAACCCCCAGCCUCUGAAUCUACACCCUUGCUUUCAUCUACUCCGGCUUCUGUUUCGUCAUCAUCUAUGUUGUCAUCCGUUAGAUCAUCAUUAGCUUCAUCGUCAGCCAUACGAAUAGUACCUGCAUCUUCUCGGUCCCCUUCAGUCUCCCGUCCCAAUUCCAUUUCUAGCUCCACUCCGUACAACCUGCAGUCGCUCCGGUCUUAUAACCAAUCUCCUCAUCUCAGUGUGAGCAGAAGCUCUGUUGAUCUCAGAAAUGCUUCCUCUCAAAGAUCUCAUGCAUCCUAUUUGUUUUCAUCUCACCAUUCACUGGGUUAUCCUCCUUUGUCACCCCUUAAUUCACGAUUUAUGUCUCCCUAUGUUCCUAGUCCAGGCAAUGCCUCAUCUAGUUACAUUGGUUCAUCUAGUCAGCAGCCGCAUCCACUUCACUAUAGUGAGUCAGCUGCUAGCUUUUCACCAUAUACUUCAGCUUACUCACUCCCAGAAUGUUAAACUGAAUUUAUAGUUGAUUGUGGAGAAAGUGAGCAACAUGGGUUAGAAGUGUUCAGUAUGGUGAAAUUUGACCAAAGAACAUCACAAAUCUUUGGGAUGAGGGUUUAAUGCGGCAAAUUUUCUUGCAGAUAACUCAGAAGGUGGGCGGACUGAGCCUAGUUUGUACAUUGUAGUCUAAAAUGUAGUUUGGUUUUAGCCAACAUUUUUUAUAAUUAUACAUGAGGAUAUGACAAAGCAAUGGGUGUUACAUGUUUGUAUGAUUCUCCUUUUUACCAUGUUAGCGAUGUUUGAUAUACCCUCCUUGUUGAUAGCCCGAAGAGGCCAGAUGUAAAAUUCUGUUGUUCAAGUUUCUCCCUCUCUCUCUCUCUCUCUA